AUGGCCACUGCGAUGGAAUCUCCUGUGGCUUUCCCUGAGUCCCCAAUGGAGGCAGAUGACGCCGCAUACCCUUGCAAAGGCUGUGGAAAGAUCCUAGAGGAGGGCAAAGCAUUUGAACUGGCUGGGAACCGAUGGCACAUCGAUUGCUUUGCCUGCAAUACCUGCGGCACCCUCCUCGAUUCCGACGCCAAUCUACUUCUUCUGGGCGAUGGAUCUUUGAUAUGUAACAACUGCACUUACAGCUGCAGUAAUUGUGGAAAUAAGAUUGAGGAUCUGGCUAUUCUGACAGGAGACCAAGCAUUUUGCGCCAAUUGCUUCAAAUGCCGGAACUGCAAGAGAAAGAUCGAAAAUCUCCGUUAUGCCCGGACGUCGCAGGGCAUAUUCUGCAUGGAUUGUCACGAGGCUCUGAUGGCCCGGAGACGCAAAAGGACGACCAAAAACAGCUCGCAACGCUCCAAAUUGUCAAAUAAUGUCCAGCUGGACAAGUCUUUGCCCGCAAUCCCGCCCCCAGAAGCCAGGAAGACCGCCUACAUUCCGGAAAGUCACUCGUCCCCCUUUCCCGAGGUCUACACAGAGCCCUCCGAAGCAGGCAUACCUUCGGUGGGUAAGAUGGUUAGCGAAUUGCAAGGCGAUUCGGACUCGAGGCCAUCCACAUCAGAUCAAAAUCAUUCACGCGAUAUGCUCACUUUGCCAUCGACAACCUUCCGCAACAAUCGACAUUCUGUGAUGUCGCAACGAUCAGACUUAUCUGGUGGAGCAGGUGGUGGUGGGGGAGAAGAAUUCUUGAUCCCGCUUGCCUUUGACCCUACCCCACAACCGGCGACUGAAUCGCCCAGCAUAUCAAACCAAACAACCCAAAGAUCUAUCGAGGAGAAGUCCACGGAUUAUUUUACCAGCAAAUCCAACGCGGCAAGUGCCCAGUCACACGUUACUAAGUCCAAUACCUCAAGUCCCCAUAUUGCCUACCAAGAGAAAGGGCGUCUUCCGUCGAGAGAAGCUGUCGACCAAACUCGUAGGGGAAAUCUGAGCAUUUCGGGGUCUGCGAACGCAUCACCCUAUAUCCCGGUAGAGCAGUCGAAGAGAUCGGAGGGUUCACCACGGCUGUCGCAAAUCGUCCACACCAACGAAGGACAACACAAUGACAGAUUCAAACUUCAAGAAGCACCAAAAUCCAAGAAGUUUUCAGCCUCGACGGGAUCACGGUCAGAGGGGUCGACUCCCAAAGCCGACAUCUCUACCGAUCCCAUUGACCAACUAGCCACCAAGCCUUUGACUGCCGCGGACAUCGGGUCACCCUCAGAUGGCGACUUCUCGACGCCCAUGCUCUCGAACGACUCCAGUCCAGCAUUCAGUGGUUCACACGGUUCCCCAAAGCCGGCACAGUUACCCGCGACCUCGAUCCUACAGAACCUGCCUAAACGAGGGGACUCUUUAGACAGCGCGAAGCGCACUCAAAACAUACCGCGUAAGGAAUUGGGCGCCGCGGCAAACAUUGGCACCCCGUCAGGUGGCAGCAUGAACAGUGGCUCAUCUACUCCCAAACCGGUGGCCGAUCUCGCGAAGGCAAAUGGUGGGAAGGUCAUCUCUGGCCCCAUAGGUUCUCCGAACUCUAAAGGUAUCUUCGAUGCGGCGGUAGACGAUUCUCUGAUUCACGACCUUCACAACACCGGCAAGACGGGCAAUGAAUCUUUCGUUGACCCCCGAGCGCCACCACUGCCGCCUUUUGAUCAUUCAAGGUCGAGAAAUGAGUCCUUUAGCACUCUUCAGUCGGAGAACCAGCGAUCUGGAGAUGGCUACAGGUCUCCAGGUCUGCCCAGGUAUUCGGCAGGCGGAGAGUUCACUAUGGAUGAGGACAUGGCCCGGAUAAUGGCCGGCGAGGAACCCAGCGCGCAUGAGUCCUUCCUUAGGAGGGUUUCGAACUCUGUUCGCCAUGGUCGCAGUUACAGUGACAAAACGGGUCGACUGUCCAAGGACCGCUGGCCUCGAUCGCCGGCUAUGCCGAUCUCGUCAAUUGGCCAGGAAAUCAGCAGCCCCAGCACAGCGUCUCCCGAGAAUCGUGAUGAACUCGCUUGGUUCAAGAAUGAGCUACGACGUGAGCGGCAGAGAACCAUUGAACGGGAGAAGAGGAUUGCUGAACUGGAAAUGCAGCUUGAUUCGGCCGCAAAUAUCAAGCAGGUGAAUGUUGAGCUCAAGGAGAAGAGAUCAACGAUAGUCGUCCUCGAUACACAAAAAGAGAUUGUCAUAAGAGAGCUGGAAGUUCUCACGGAACAUCUAGCGGCUGCAAAGCACAGCGGCGAGCGAUUCGACCUUGGAAAGUUGAGCAACGUUGUGCUUCGCGAUUUUGCAGAGGCACUGGAGAAGCUCAAGGACUCGUUCGCGCCUCAGAUCGAAGCCUCAAUCCAGAAACGAAAUGAUUUGGUCGACGAGAUAGCCAAUCUAACUCAGAUGAAAGAUAAGAGCUUCAUGGAGUUCGAGCAGCUGUCUUCGAAAAAUGCCCAGUUGGCUGAACUCAACAAUCAGCUGGUCCACCAGAUCCAAGGUCUGUACAAGGCCAAUUCGGGCAAGGACACUGAUCAGCCAAAGUCGGCCAUGAACGGACUUGGAAUCUACUCUCACCACAAAGAGAAGUCGAAUGUGUCCUUCGACUCGAGGGAAAUGCGCAACAUGUCCGCCGACUUGACCAAUAUCGAUUCGACCAGUACUUUACAAGGGGAAGCAGAACCUGUGACCGUCCUGCAAGGUCCUCAGAUGGUGAACAUCCGCAAAGGCCAACCAAAGAAAUUUGAUUGGAGAAAAGGACAGAAGGUUGCCAAAGGUGUCACGAAAGGUUUGAAAGGAGCCUUUUCGUCAACUCAACAGAACUACAGCCGGGACCUCCAGUUUGCGGAGACAGGGGCCUAUGGGUCGACCACUGGCCCUCCCCAGGAGUACUCUAGUCUGCCGAGAGCCAACCCAGAACCUGUCAAGCAAAGUGGCUUUGGGUUCUUCAGCACUCAGAAAGUGGCUCCCAAAUCCAAUGGACUGUACGCCACGCAAGCUAAUGCGAGCACACCAUCUUUACUGGCUGAGGCUGGCGCACAACUGUUUGGGUCCGAACUCGAACACCGGGCCGAAUAUGAGAAGACCUCCGUUCCUGCGAUUGUGAAGAGGUGUGUCGAAGAAGUGGAGUCGCGUGGUAUGGAUGUUGAAGGCAUCUACCGAAAAUCUGGGGGUAACUCACAGGUGCAACAAGUGAAAGACUGGUUCGAGAACCCUUCAAAGGACUUUGAUCUUUCUGAUCCCGAUCUCGACAUCCACGCCGUGACCUCUGGACUGAAACAGUAUUUCCGACGACUGCCCACCCCACUCAUAACUUUCGACGUCUACGACAAACUUCUCGAUACCACGACGAUUGAAAGUAAGGAGCUCAGACUCGACGCCAUGCAGCGAGCCUUGGAGGACUUGCCCAAAGUCCAUCUUGAGACCCUGGAGUAUCUGAUUCGGCACCUUGCACGGGUGGUUGAACAGGAGAAAGAGAAUCUCAUGACGAGCAUGAACAUCGCGGUGGUGUUCGCACCAACCAUCAUGCGACCGGAGAGUCUAAAUCGCGAGCUUAGUGACACCAAGAUGAAGAAUGAAGCAGUGAUGUGGAUGGUGGAGAACAGCGAAAGAUUGUUUGGCAAGUGA